CUUAAGAAAGCCGACAGUGCAUUAUAAAGGGAGAGCGGACAGUUCAUUACAACCAAAGCGCCUCAUAUAUUGGCCCAAAAAUAACAAAUCUGAAUUUUUGUUGUUGUCCGGCCUUACACUGGAGCUGUAGAGGAAGAGAUACGUUAUGGGGGGUGUUUAUAACAGAGAUCCGGUACCUUAUCUUCAUCACAACUCCCUCGUCCUCAUAUCAUUGUGUAGCCUAGCAGGGACAGUGAGGCCAUCACGCUAAACCAUUAUGACGGGUACUACAGAUUUCAGCCAUGCCAUGGGCGAUAUUGAAACCAACGGCACCGAUUACGGAUAUGAUGACUAUUAUACAGACGAGGUCUGUAACAAGGCCGGCGUUGUCAAGUUUGGUUCCAUCGCCACCCCUGCUUUCUUCUCUGUGGUGACUAUCCUGAGUCUAGCGGGCAACAUCCUGGUCCUGGUCAUCCUUGCCAAGUACGAGAACCUCAAGUCUCUCACCAACAUCUUCAUCCUCAACUUGGCCCUAUCUGACCUGGUUUUCACCUUUGGUCUGCCUUUCUGGGCAGCCUACCACAUCUGGGGCUGGACCUUUAGCCGGAUCCUCUGCAAGACUGUCACCUUUGUCUUCUACGCUGGCUUCUACAGCAGCGUUUUGUUCCUGACCAUCAUGACUAUCCACCGCUACCUGGCCGUGGUGCAUCCUCUGUCCGACCAUGGUUCCCAAAGGGGCUGCUACGGGGUCACAGUCUCUCUCGUCAUCUGGGUUGUUAGUUUCGGGGCGGCCGUCCCUGCUUUGAUUUUCAGCUCUGUCCAAGAGAACCCCCAUGAAGAAGACAUCCAUUUUUACUGUGAAUACUGGGAUCCGCUGUGGAAGAGAGUGGGCAGCUACCAACAGAACGUCUUCUUCUUGGCUGCUUUUGCAGUGAUCGGGUUUUGCUACGUGAGGAUAUUGAGGACAAUCUUCAAGUCAAGGUCACACAUGAGGAAUCGAACCGUGAAGCUGAUCUUCAGUAUAGUGGCAGUAUUUUUCCUUGGCUGGGCGCCUUACAACGUGGUGAUAUUUCUGAGGUUGUUGCAUGACUACACCGUAGCACCUUUCAAUACUUGUGAGGUCAGCACAUGGCUUGACUAUGGGUUCUAUGUGUGUCGACUGAUUGCUUUCUCCCACUGCUGUCUCAACCCUGUCUUCUAUGCAUUUGUUGGGAUUAAGUUCAGAAAUCACUUGAAGGUGAUCUUGCUGAAGCUUUGCCGCCGCCAAAGCACCAUGGAUACACAACAGAUUAGAUUACCUAACAUUUACUCGAUGGGAUCAAUGUACUAGCGCAGGGGUCUUCAACCUUUUCUUGCCCAGGGACCCACGCCAGGCAAACCGGCGACCCAGGGACCCAUCAUAUGUUAGCAACAAAACAAAAAAAAUCACAUCUUGUCAAAUCAAAAUCAAAUCAAAUUUAUUGGUCACAUACACGUGUUUAGCAGAUGUUAUUGUGGGUGUAGCGAAAUGCUUGUGCUCCUAGCUCUGACAGUGUAGUAAUAUCUAACAGUUUCACAACAUAUACCCAAAAUACACGUAAAUCUAAGUAAGGAAUGGAUUAAGAAUAUACAUAAUGUCAGAGUAGCAUUAGACUAAGAUACAGUGGCUUAGUAUAGAAUACAGUGUAUACAUAUGAGAUGGGUGACGCAAUAUUUACACAAAAUUAAAGAGACUUAUACAUAUGAGUAAUGCAAGGUACGGCGACAUUAUUAAAGUGGAUAGUGUUUCAUUUCCUUAAAGUGACCAGUGAUUCCUAAUCUAUGUCUAUAGGCAGCAGCCUCUGAUGUGCUGGAGAUGGCUGUUUAACAGUCAGUGGUGUAGUGUAUAUAUACAGUAUAUACAUAUGAAAUGUGUGAUGCAAUAUGUAAAUCCAAUUUAAAAGUGACUAAGAUACUGUAGAAUAGUGUGGAGUGCAGUUUAUACAUAUGAGAUGAGUAAUGUUAGAUACGGAACAUUAUUAAAGUGGCUCGUGAUCCGUUUCUAAAAGUGGCCAGUGAUUCCUAAUCUGUGUCUAUAGGCAGCCGCUUCUGAUGUCCUAGUGAUGGCUGUUUAGCAGUCUGAUGGCCUUGAGGUAGAAGCUGUUUUUCAGUCUCUCGGUCCCAGCUUUGAUGCACCUAUACUGACCUCGCCUUCUGGAUGAUUGCGGGAUGAAUAGGCAGUAGCUCGGGUUGUUGAUGUCCUUGAUGAUCUUUUUGGCCUUGUUAGGGCAUCGUGUGCUUUAGCUGUCUAGGAGGGCGGGAAGUUUGCCCCCGGUAAUGCGUUGGGCAGACCGCACCACCCUCUGGAGAGCUUUGCGGUUGUGGGUGGUGCAGUUGCCAUACCAGGCAGUGAUACAGCCCGACAGGAUGCUCUCAAUUGUGCAUCUGUAAAAGUUUGUGAGGGUUUUAGGUGUUAAGUCAAAUUUCUUUAUCCUCUUGAGGUUGAAGAGGCGAUGUUGCGCCUUCUUCACCACACUGUCUGUGUGGGUGGCUGCCCACUCAUAUCAUCAGGUUUUGUAAGGGUGCAGCUUUGGGUUUAGAAAUGGGGGGGACCAGUGGAGGCUUCUCAGAGGAGGAAGGGGAGGACCAUCCUCUUAGUGAAUUUCAUAAAAAUAAAAAUGGUAAAACAUUGAAAAAGUUAUCCUUUUUAGAUAAAACUAUACUAUAUAUAUAUAUAUAUUCACAUGUCACCAAAUAAUUGAUUAAAGUACACUGUUUUGCAAUGAAGGUAGCCUCAACAGAAGUCAAUAUACCAAGAGGAGGGCGGAAGCUAGCUGUCCUCCGGCUACACCAUGUUGCUACAUGCUGUGACAGAAAUAAGGCCAUGCUCAUGAAAAACAAAAGUGUCCUCCCUCAUCAUAAAGGCACUGACCGCCACUGGGGGGACAUAACCUGGUGAGAAUUUUUGGGGCAUUUUAAAGCUAAUUUAGUGCAUUUCUACACCAGUGGUGGUCAGUGCCGUUUAUGAUGAGGGAGGACAUUUUUUUAUUCAUGAGCAUGGCCUUAUUUCUAUUACAGCAUGUUGGAUGACUCUCAUUCAUAUUCCAUUCACCCAGUUCAUUGUAACAUCGAUAGGUUUAGACAACUACAUGAUACUCUAAUUUUCCCUAUACCCAUCAUGAGGUUGCUACAACAUAGCCUAUGAAUGAAAGUUUUCAACGUAGGUGCACUCAGGUCGAGAGAAAGAUUUGAGAUGACAGUGACACAUGGACAGACAGUGACACAUUCAUUACCGCCUUGCACAACUCUUGCCUGCAUCUAGCUUAUCUAGUGUGUAAUCAUUAGUCCAACAGUUGCAAAUGAGAGUUUCUAUUGGACAAAUUCUGGUAUUUUUAUCCCCGUUUCGUUUGCUUCCAUUUAAGAAAUGUUUUUCAACAGAAUCGUCAGAAUGAAUACACCCGUGAUCAAGCAUUAACACAGUUCACUAAAGUUUCAUUGCAGCCACAUUGUAUUCAUUCUAUCCUCUAUGCACUCUCUUCCUAUCACCUUUUCCCUUUGUUUGUGGACUUCAAUGAACAAUACAUCAGCUGUAUGUGACCAGGCGAAAAAACCUUUCCAAGCCAAACCAUGUCAUAACCGCUACACACAGCCUACAUCGUUUCCCCCAUAUUAGCUAAAGUAACGUCCUAGUCAACAUAGCUAAUAUAACUAAUGUGUUAGUAAACCUGCUUCUGUAACAGUGUAGGUUCCGUCCCUCUCUUCGCCCCAACCUGGGCUCGAACCAGGGACCCUUGCACACAUCAACAACUGACACCCACGAAGCAUCGCGCCACAAAAGCCACGGCCCUUGCAACGCAAGGGGAAACCCUACUUCAGGUCUCAGAGCGAGUGACGUCACAGAUUGAAACGCUAUUAGCGCGCACCACCGCUAACUAACUAGCCAUUUCACAUCGGUUACACUACAAUCAUGCAGUAAUGUUACAGUGUAUAGUCAGAAAGCAGUUAGGGGGCCUCCCGAGUGGCGCAGUGGUCUAAGGCACUGCAUCGCAGUGCUAGCUGUGCCACUAGAGAUUCUGGGAUAGAGUCCAGGCUCUGUCGCAGUCGGCUGCGACCGCGAGACCCAUGGGGCGGCGCACAAUUGGCCCAGGGUCGUCCGGGUUAGGGAAGAGUUUGGUCGGCAGGGAUAUCCUUGUCCCAUGGUGGUGGAAGAGUUCCAGUGUUGUUUUGGAUAGUCAUAGCCAGCUAGCUAACAUAGCAUCCCUCUGUUUGAGCAGGGUAGUUUGAGUAACUAAACUAGCCAGCUGCAUUUUCUAGCUAAGUAAGUGAAACUGAAAAAAAUGAUUAAAUCUCUCUCUUCCGUCUCCUUUAUUUUUGAAGAAAUGAAUUUGUUGAAAACUGUUCAUCUAUUGUCUCUCUCUCUCUUUGAGUCAACCAGUUACCACAUUUUAUGCAUGCAGCGCUAGCUAGCUGUAGCUUAUGCUUUCAGUACUAGAUUAAUUCUCUGAUCCUUUCAUUGGGUGGACAACAUAUCAGUUCAUGCUGCAAGAGCUCUGAUAGGUUGGACGAUGUCCUCCGGAACUUGUCAUAAUUACUGUGUAAAUCUAUGGAAGGGGGUGAGAACCAAGAGCCUCCUUGGUUUUGUAUUGAAGUCAAUGUACCAAGCUAGCUGUCCUCCGGAAGCUAGCUGUCCUCCCGCUACACCAUGUUGCUAACUUACAGAGUGCUGUUGAUGCUGCUAUAGGCCUUCAUUGCAAAACAGUGUGUUUUAAUCAAUUAUUUGGUGACAUGUGAAUAUAUUUAGUAUAGUUUUAUCUAAAAAGGAUAACUUUUUCAAUGUCUUAACAUUUUAUUUUUUAUGAAAUUCACCGAGAAGGAUGGUCCUCCCCUUACUCCUCUGAGGAGCCUUCACUGUUCUACACAAUCUAAUAUGACCCUUUUGGGGUCAUUUUGAGGUCACUUUUAUUGUGAAUAAGAAUAGAAUAUGUUCAGGGCCUAAAAUAAACACCUGCCAAAUGCGGGUAGAUUUCUGGCAUUGGCGGAGAAGAUGUCUAUUUCACUAGCCACAUUGGCGGAUAAGAUGUCUAUUUCACUAGCCACAUUGGCGGAUAAGAUGUCUAUUUCACUAGCCACAUUAGCGGAUAAGAUGUCUAUUUCACUAGCCACAUUGGCGGGUGGGCAGGGCUCCACAGUGUGAGCAUUUCACUCGUGUUUGUGAAUAAAAAUAGUCAAGUAUGAUAACAAAAACAGCAGCAGCUGUUUCAAAGUAUUUCUGCCGGUUUGUUUCAUACCUGGUAAAUUAAAUCGCACAAAGUCAAAGAACUACCUAUCCUAUAUAGCCUAUGCCACCUCGCGCUGCAACACUGCUUGGCUGGGGGCUGUGGGCAUAUGAAGAUCUGAGUGAAAGAUUCAUUUUUAGAAAUGCUGCGCACAGGCAUAAAAGUUGGUCUAAUUUACUUUAACCCUUGUUUGGGUCUGUGGGGCCCAUUUUCAAUGUUUAUUAAAAUAAAAAUGAUACAAUUAAUACAUUUCCAACCUGAGACUCAUUGGCCUUGGCUCAUUUUCAGUGAAGAACAUGUAAAAUAACACAUUUUCCUUGAGUGCACCCUGUACACAUAUUACAUAUGUGGUGUUCGGGUCCACUGUGAAAAAGUGUGUGUGUAGGUGAAAAGAAGUAAACAUUUUACAAAAAGGUUUGCUGGGUGCCUUCACUCCUGUCUUCAUUCUUGUCUUCCUCCUCCCUGGGCCUGCUGUUUCUACAUAGCACCAAGAACCUGUCUGUCUCCCUGCCUGUCUCCCGCUUUUAUUGAACUCUUUACCCUUUGUAGUGAGUGAAACUAUGUCUUGCGGGAACCUGCACAAUGUUAUUACAAUACAUUAUUUCGAUACAUUGUAAAAAAUGCAGUAUUUUCCCACACUCGACCCCAGCCAGGUGCAAAUUGGGGGAGGUGACACAACAAAUAAAUAGCUUUGCAUGUGUGGCUCCUUACCACAAUCAAUCAGUAUGGCAAAAAUCAUCUCUGCUCAGAGGGCCUUAGAAAUCAUUUUUGCAGAGAGAGAAACUAGUGUGGAAGGAACAUCUUCCACUUUGGAAGAUUAAGAAUUUUCUGAAUAUGAGGAUCAUGUCUCUGUCAAUUCGGAGUCUGACAGUGAGUUGGAAGAAGUGGAUGAGAUUGACCCUCAGCCAGCAACCAGCUCAUCAGCAGCCUGCAGAAGGAGAAAUAUGGAUGUCAAAAAAUUGUGAAAUUGAAUGGUCUUCUUGCCCAAGGAAUGAGCCACCCCGCAUGGCUGCCAAUGUGAUGAGGAUGCAACCAGGGCCGACGCGGAUGGCGGUUACUCAUGUGCAGGACAUAAAGUCUUCUUUUGAAAAUGUUCAUUCCAGACACCAUCCAGAAAAUCAUUCUGGACUGCACUAAUUUGGUGGGAAGGCGUGUUUUUAGAGAUAGAUCGAAGGAGAUGGACCAAACUCAUUUACAUGCAUACUUUGGGGUUCUUAUCUUUGCUGGUGUUUUCAGAUCCAAUGGGGAAUCCACAGAAUCCCUGUGGGAUGCAGAAACUGGCAGAGAAGUUUUCCGUGCAACGAUGUCUCUGGAAAACCUCCACAUCAUUUCCAGGAUUAUUCACUUCGACAACCGAGACACCAGACCAGCUCGGCGACAGAGAGGCAAGCUAGCUGCAAUCAGGUCAGUGUGGGACAAGUGGGUGGACUGCCUUCCCCUGUUUUACAACCCUGGGCCCAACUUUACUGUUGAUGAGCAGCUUAUGCCAUUUAGGGGCCGCUGCCCCUUCAGGCAGUUCAUACCGUCUAAACCCGCAAAAUAUGGAAUCAAGGUCUGGGCUGCCUGUGAUGCUGCUUCAUCAUAUGCGUGGAACUUGCAAGUGUAUAUGGGGAAGCCAGAUGGAGGAGCCCCUGAGAAGAACCAAGGGAUGCGGGUUGUCCUGGAUGUGACACAUGGACUCUGUGGCCACAACAUCACAUGCGAUAACCUUUUACUUCGCACAAGCUGGGACAGGAGCUCCUCAAGAGGAAGAUGGUAUGAACAGUAGGAAAAAAACAAGCCAGAGCUCCCACCUCAGCUGUUGAGUACACGGAACAGGCCUAUCAAUUCCUCUAAGUUUGUGUUCACGGCCGACACAUCCCUAGUGUCCUACGUGCCAAAGAAAGGCAAAAAUGUGGUACUCAUGAGUACGCUGCAUAGGGAUGGGAGAAUCUGUGGCCAGGAACUUCAAAAAACAGAAAUCAUAAUGGAUUACAAUGCCACAAAAGGAGGGGACAACUUAGACAAGCUGGUGACUGGCUACAGCUGCUAAAGAAGAACCCUACGCUGGCCACUUGUGAUAUUAUCCAACAUCUUGGAUCUCAGCGUACAACACGUUUGUCAUCUGGAUGGCGUUGAACCCACAUUGGAACAGAGGGAAGCUCCAGAGGAGACGGCUCUUUCUCGAGGAGCUGGGCAAGGCGUUGGUAAGACCUCAAAUCCAGAGGAGGCAACAUAUCCCAAGGACCCCAUGUUCUGCAGCCACUGUGAGGAGGAGGAUGCUGGUGCCCCAUCCGCCCGACCCACAGAACCAACAACUCCAAUACCGGAAAUUGCAGCCGGUAGCAACAAGAAGAAGCGCUGCAAUGUUUGUGGACCCAAGACAGACAGGAAGACACAGUACACAUGCAUCAAGUGCAAGAAAUACAUUUGCAACACACACUCACAGUAAAACUCUGUCCCUCAUUUAAUGUGUAGACUGGCCUUAAUUUGUGUUCAAUUGGGCUCAUUUAUCAUUUCCAUAAAAUACUGUAUGUAAAAUUUGUCCUUCCAAUUUGUUCAGUUCAAAGCAAUAAACAUCAGUAGUGAUGAAAACCUUGUUUAAUUUGUUCAAGAUAAACAUGAUUAUUCCAUCCAUGUGUUGAUUAUAAUAAUAAAAAAUUAAAAACAAAUACCGCUUUUAAUGAUACCUCUAGCAGAGGUAAAUGGCAAAUAUUAACCAUGUAUGCUGUCUAUAUUGCUUGUAAUUGAUAUAAGUCAACAUCUAAGUAUUUUUACGUAAAUUGUUAUGCCUGUAUUGUUUUAAAAACCCAAUAAUGUUGUGGGUCGAUCAGACCGGCGAACAUUGGGCGAAUAAGAAAAACAUGACCACCACACAAGGGUUAAACGAAAGUCUACUUAAGUGAGACGUUGUCCUUGUGUAUCUUAGAUAUUUAUUUACAUUGUUUUGUUCACAAGCUAAUUUGUUUUUCAAUGUUUGAGUUUCAACUGCUAGGGAAGAGAAGACAAAGCAUCUACUAGUCAGACAAUGUCACAGGCACAAACAUGACUGGAGUUGCGUUACCAUAGUAACCUCCUGCCCUUAAAGGGGCAGGUGAACAUUUUUAUCUCACCCGUGAUAUUAUGGUUAAAAAACUCAGGUCACAAAAAUGAAAUAAAAAAUAUACCACA